UCCAGUAUGUUGGUCCGCAAUCAAGCGUAUUUAUUAUUGUGGGUAUUACUUUACUUUUUUUCGACAAUUCAUAUGCAACAUGAGUGUGGAAAGGUGCGGGAAAGCCAGCUUUACAACGGAGAGGAGAUCACCGAGGCGGAUGAGUACACCUGGAUUGGUCGCGUUGGACACAGGGAAUCGAGUAAUGCCUAUCCGGAGUUCAAAUGCCUUUCGGUCCUGGUAAACCGUCGCUUUGCAAUCCUUCCCGCCCAUUGUGUAAUAGAACCGGGUUCAAUCGAACCCACGUUUAUAUUGUUCGGUGUCUGGCGAGUCAAUGAAGGGACUGAUCUGGGUGUUUGCCGCCCGGAUGGCAAUAAGCAGUGCUCCCCGGCCCCGCAGAUGGUGAACAUCGAGGAGCUGGUGGUUCAUCCGCGGCAUCGAAGGAGUCCGGCACCGGGUUUCCUCCAAUACGACAUCGCACUGGCCAAGCUGGUGCAAGGUGUAGAGUUGACGGACUUUGUGCAGCCCAUAUGUUUGCCACCUGCAAAUGGAAUUGAGGAUAACUAUGUCGCCCAGAGACUGGAAAUGGCGGGAUUCAAGAUUCUGUCCUCCCCUGAAUGGCGUUUGCAGGAGGACGACUAUUGGCGCCAUAAGGUGUCGGUGCAUUCGGCCAGCUUGCAGUUCUGCUCCUCGAAAAAUAUGAUCCGGGUCCAGCUGUCGGAGAAUAAUAUGUGUGCCGUGAGAAAAAAGGAAGAUAACUUUUUUCCUGGAUCACCGCUGAUGGGCUUCGAAGUGGUUGACGGAAAACCUAGGAACUCCUACGUAAUCGGAAUUACAAUCGGUAUUAUUUCACUGCCUGACGCUGAUCGCGACACAUUCGCAGUGUUACGCAUAUUGCCAUUCAGGAACUGGAUUUUGAAAAACAUUCAGGCAGGUCUAGCCGCUGAGUGAAAUCUUAAUUGAGUCGGAAUAAAUGAAAAGCUUUAAAUAAACACGUGCAUAGCUCAAUUAAAAAGCAUCUCAGAUUGCCUCUUGAGUUACUUUUGUCAAGCGUAGAAAUUAUUGGAAAAACCAUCUCGAAAAAUUUGUAUUUUGUAUGAUCAGAUCGGUGGCUUAUUUCAUUUGUAUUCUAAAACAAAAUGAUAAGUCUUCGAACCAUUUGUACAAUUGAAUGUGUUGUUAGAUUUAACAUUUAACACUUGUUAGCUUUAUCUUAACAAACCCAAUUUCAAAAUUGUACAAAUAUCACAUUUUAUGAAAAUAAAAGAAAUAUUUUUAACAUACAGUUAA